GGGGUUGUUGAGGAAAGGCGCAGGCGCGUUUGUGGAGGGGGAAACUGGUUGAAGAAAGGUGCAGGCGCGUUCGUGAGUGGGUUACCUUGAAGAAACGCGUGGAGCUGAGUGCCGGUUGGAGGCCGCAGGCUUGUUCGGGACAGUGAGGUCUCUGUGAUCCGUCAUCAUGUCCGUAUUUCACGAUGAGGUGGAAAUCGAGGAUUUCGAGUAUGAUGAGGAGACGGAGAGUUAUUAUUAUCCGUGUCCGUGUGGAGACAAGUUCAUCAUUAGCAAGGAAGACCUGGAAAAUGGAGAAGAAGUUGCAACUUGUCCAAGUUGUUCUUUGAUAAUCAAAGUAAUUUAUGAUAAAGAUCAGUUCAUGUCUGGAGAAAUAGUGGAAAUGGUGACUACAGAUAAAUUAGAAAAAAUGAAAUGCUGAUUGUUGAGAUGCUCUGUCCUAAUGAACAUAAGGCAUGUUCUAUUAAGGAGAAACAAAUAAUCAACGUGGAGAUGAAAUGCAGUUACUACAACUGUUUGAAGUUGCAGUUUAUAGACUGUGAGCUAAUCUCCUUGACUACUGGUUCAUUCACUUAAAAAUGCAAAUUGAAGGCCAAAACCAGUAAAGUAAAAUCAACAAAUUAUCACUUAUUCAAAUAUAAACUAACUACAGACAUUGGAAAACAGCAAGUGGCGGAGUUAGUCAGCAGGUCAGACGGUCUGUGGAGACAAAUAGAGUUAACGUUUCAAUUCUGGUAUAAGGUAAUCUCAACCUGAAAUAUGAACUUUUUUUUUUCUGUUAUUUUCUAACCUGUUGACUGUGCAGCAUUUGUUUUUAUUGACCGUCAUUUGUAUGAUUCCGAAAAGCCAUUUGAGCUUUCACCUGACACUCUUGUUAUGUUGGUAAAGCAUGAGAUAAAUUUUAGGGUUCUCGAAGAAAAUCAGGGAUAGUGGAUAUUAUUAUCUUGUUGCUGGCUGCCAUUUUUUUGGUUUUGAAAUGCUCUUGCUAAGCAAACUAUCCACAGCUAAAUGUUUACAGUUGGAAAUAAGAAUAUGAUUAACUUAUACAAAGGAUUCUGAUCAGGUUGAGAGAAUUAUUUUUGACUGGAAGUUUUGAGAAUCUUGAUGUGGCACUGCAAUAUUAUAUUUUUAACGUUCUGAAUCUGCAAAAUUCCCAACUUUGGAAGUGGACAUAAAAUAUUGAAUGAUCCUGCCAUAAUUAAAUGAUCACUGUUGUUACAUUUGAUAGAUGCAAACUUUUGCAAAUAUAAUGCCUUCCUAAAUUGACAAUAUUGAAAAUCCAAGUAAUUCUCUAAUGUGGUUAGAAUCCUAUUCACCUGUAUUUACUGAUGCAUUUAUCUUUUCUGGAUUCCUGACCCACUGGAGUCUGCAGUAAAUCAUAAAGAUUUUUUGGAAGUUGAUUCUUUGCACAAUGUGAAGUAGCUUAAUGGCCCUACAGACUGUAUACUGGACAUUAUACCAAAGAAUAGCUUGUAAAUGGGUGCUACUUUUACAACUUUUCUAAUUUGGUAAUUUUGGUAAAUGAAAUGUACUUGUUAUCUAAUUAGAAAUUGUUAAAGUAGUUAAAAUACACAUUGAAAGUUUUUCAUCUUGCAUUCAUCAGGAGCACAAUUAAACCAAAUUUCAAUGGUCAAUUAUUGAUUUUCAGUUCCAAUCAGCAUCCUUUACUCAUGUAGUGAAUUGUUGCUCCCUUUUGAAAUAGGUAUCCUUGCACCUGAACUGAUGCAAGAUGAAAAACUUAUACAAAAUGUCUGUCUUUAGCAAUAUUCAAUUUAAAUUGCACAGGUGAAAAGAAAUAGAUGGAUAGC